AUUAAAGCCCUUUGCAACACAUCCUCGGUUGAGCCGGUUGGGCCGGUGACGUCCGUCGAUAAUCAAAUUCUUAUCUUGGAUUCAACACUUUUUGCGUUCAGGUGACGCACCCCCCCACCCCCAUCGUACACCUCAAAAAGCAAAACCCAGGCUGACGGGGGCGGCUCCAGUCGCUGCCGCAGCCACUUGAUCAAUCUUUUUGUGCAGCAUUGCCCUCUUUCUUAGGCAACAAGAAAAGAAAAAAGGGAAAGCAAAGAAAAAAAUCUCACUUCAUUAAAAAAUAUAUAUAUAUUAAAAAUGCAGGGCGAGCAACGUUUGGCUAGAAUGUCAUCUUCAUCAUCAUCCCCAUCAUUGUAUGAGUCAGAAGAGGAGCUUCAACACAUGCCAUUGGCACCUCCGCCUUGGAAGAACCGCAGAUGCUUAUCGAAACAAUUAUCUAUGUGUGAGACCCCGCGUGACAUUGCGUGGGAGAAGAGACGCCGCCAAAUUAUUAGACAAGAGCGUAAAAAGAAUGGCAUUAAUCAAGAUUCUGAGGACCUCACCGAUGAGGACUUGAACGAGCUCAAAGGAAGCAUAGAGCUCGGGUUCGGAUUCAAUGAAGAAGAUGGUCAGACAUUGUGCAACACUUUGCCUGCUCUCGACCUUUAUUUUGCAGUGAAUCGACAGUUUUCAACAAGUCCUGUCUCAACGCCUGGUGGUUCAUCAUCAUCACUUGAUGUCCGUUCUUCAUCUUUUGAGAGCCCAAAGAGUGAAUCUGACGCAUGGAAGAUCUGCAGUCCAGGGGACGAUCCUCAACAAGUUAAGACCAAGUUGAGGCAUUGGGCUCAAGCCGUUGCUUGUUCUGUGAUGCAGUCUUUUUGAAGAGUUGGAUGGCCUUGUACAGACAAAGAAUACUAGACUGAGACAGAAAGGAAAAAACACACACAAAAAAAGGCAGAGAGGGAAGUUGCUUAAGCUUAAUUAGGGUUUUCUUUAACUGACUGCUACUACUACUGCCAACAAAAAGAUGGUGCAGCUUAAUUCCGGGGACUGCAAUUAUAGGGGCCAAAGAAGUCCAUUGGCAUUGAUCUGAUCAGACCACUUUGCUUAGAAGAUUAUAAUUUUACCCAUUUUUUUUUCUUCUUUUUUUUUUCCUUCUCUUUUUACUCUUUUUAAAGUUUCUUUUGGCACAUAUAUAUAAAUAUAUAUGUAUAUUUGUGUAAACAAUCUUGUGUCAUAUAGAAUUGGCUUGGCAUUGGAACUACACCAGCUAAAGUCAUGUAAUUUUGAUUGCAAUGUUUACAUAAAAUGAA